AUGGCCAACACAGUUCUCAUCGUCCUUGCGACUAUCACUACCAUCGUCGUUCUUAUUGGCGGCGCAUAUGCUAUGGGAGUUCUCGAUGACUACAUUGAGGAUUUGGGCGUUUUCGCAUUUAAAUUCAAGGCCAAGGCUGAAGCAAAGAAGAUGGGUCUUCAAGGUCUUCAAGAAGGAACCGAUUUCCUCGCAAGUGACUUGAAGGGUAACCAACAGGCACAGAAUGUUCGAGAGGGUAAAGGACCUAUCGGCGGCUUGAAAACAAAUGGAGAGGGUGUAGCAAAUGGAAUUCUGGGAGGUGCCAAUUCAGCCGGAGAAGGAAUAGUUGGAGGAUUGAAAUCCGGUGGAGAGGGAUUGACUGGAAAGAUUUUUUAA